AUGAAGCAUAUUGUACUUCUCGGCCUUGUGGUGGCGCUGGCCGUCGGCGCUAGCACGGCGCGGCUGGGCAAGCCGGUGGUGCCGGCGGUGUUCGUGCUGGGUGGCUCGACCCUGGACGUGGGGAACAACAACCACCUGUCGGGGAAGGAUGUGCCCAGGGCCAACGUGCCCUUCUAUGGCGUCGACUUCCCCGGCGGCCCCAUGCCCACCGGACGGUUUAGCAAUGGCUACAACCUCGCUGAUUUUAUCGCCAAGCACUUGGGCUUUGAGAGGAGCCCUUUGGCCUACCUAGUGCUGAAAUCACGCAACUACAUCAUCCCCAGCGCGCUGACGAGAGGAGUCAGCUACGCCUCGGCAGGAGCAGGGAUCCUCGACUCCACUAACGCAGGAAAUAACAUCCCGCUAUCAAAGCAGUUGCUCUACUUUGCGUCGACCAAGUCCAAGAUGGAGGAUGCUUGGGGCACCCACAAGGUCUCCACACUUCUCGCCAACUCGUUCUUCCUCCUCGGCAUCGGCAACAAUGAUCUAUUCCAGACCAGCCCUAAGACUGCAGCCGACGUCGCCACGAUCUAUGCCACCCUCGUCUCCAACUACUCCGCGGCCAUUGCAGAUCUGUACGGAAUGGGCGCGAGGAAGUUCGGGAUCAUCAAUGUGGGUCCGAUAGGGUGCUUGCCACGGGUGCGCGUGCUAAACAAGACUGGGGCCUGCAACGAAGCUCUUAACCGUUAUGCUGCCGGAUUCGCUGCCAUUGUGAAGUUGGCUCUUGCCAACCUUGCUUCGAAGCUCCCCAACUUUUCCUACUCCCUCGCCGACUCCUUUGCUGUCUUCAACCUGCAAACACUCGGGUUUGUGAAUUUGGACAGCGCGUGCUGCGGAACAGGGAGAAUGGGUGCGGAGGGCGGAGAACUAUGUAUGAGAAACGACACGUUAUGUGCUGACCGGGAUGCCUAUUUGUUUUGGGACUCUGUCCACUUCACCCAGCAGGCCGCCGAGCUGGGGGCCGUGGGAUUAUUUGAUGGAUCAAAGCAGCUCACCGCGCCAAUCAGCUUCAAGCAACUCGCAUAUAAGAGAUAUUGA